ACGGUCUCAAGUCGAGGCACGUCCCCGACGCGCGUGCCCGCAACCAUGUCGCCAUUUUGAUUCGAAAAAUAUGACUGAGUUUUUCCUGCUUUGCGUGCUAAACUUAGCCCCGCGUUUGAAUUACUUUGUGUGCGAGUACGUAUCAUACACUUUGCAUUUGAAAUAACUCGGAUUGUUAUUAACACCACGUAGUCAUUCACGCGGGGGAACAGCUUAUUUUGUAGUCUUCUUAGCCACAUUUGACUAUCGUUAGCUAAGUUGAGCUAGCUAACGGCGGUCUGUGCUGUCGCAGACUGACCCCUUCUUCAAAACAAAUCACUAUUCGCUCACAGGCUAACGUAUGUUAGCUCAUACGGCUAGCUAACAGUAGCUGGACAGCUAGUGAUUUAGUAGCUGGCUGCUUAACGAAAAACAGCAACAACUCGGAUCACACGGAAUUACUCGCAGCGGACAUUCAACCAAAGGGUAUGGUGAGCCUCUCAGCGACCCGUCUCCUAAAGAGGCCCGCGUUUUAAAAGGAGACCCAUGCUGAUAAAUGCCAGGCCUCGCCACACUCUCUGUCGUCUGCACAAACACAAAUGCCUGCCUGCCCGUGGGGGAGGUCUGAUUAAAGAUAUCCACAUUUCAUCCACUGGGCUGUGUCCCCCCUCCCAGCGGCCACCAUGUUUUGGAAGUUUGACCUGCACACCACCUCCCACAUUGACCAGCUGCUGGACAGGGAGGACGUGACGCUGAGAGAGCUGAUGGAGGAGGAUGACGUCCUGCAGGAGUGCAAGGCCCAAAACCGUCGGCUGCUCCUCUUCCUUUCCCAGGACCACUGCAUGCAGGAGCUGGUCAGCCUCAUCACCACAGAGCCACCUGCUGAUCUGGAGGAGCGAAGCCGCUUUAAGUUUCCCAAUGUUGCUUGUGAGCUUCUGACCUCAGAUGUUUCCAUUAUAAACGAUAAGCUGGGUGGAGACGAGUCUCUCCUCGAGAUGCUCUACCACUUCCUGGAACAGGACCCACCUCUCAAUCCUCUACUAGCCAGCUUCUUCAGCAAAACCAUCGGCAAUCUCAUUGCCAGGAAAACCGAACAGGUUAUUACCUUUUUAAAGAAAAAAGAAGGCUUUAUUGGUCUGGUGCUGAAACACAUUGACGCUUCUGCCAUGAUGGACCUGCUGCUUCGCCUCAUCAGUUGUGUGGAGCCUGCCCCUUUGAGACAGGAUGUUCUGCAUUGGUUAAACGAGGAAACGUUGGUUCAGAGACUCACAGAGCUCAUCCAUGCUGGCAAAGAUGAGGAGAGACAAUCAAAUGCGUCCCAAACGCUGUGUGACAUCAUCCGCCUUAGCCGAGAUCAGGCCAGUCAGAUGCAGGAGAACGUAGAAGCCGACCCACUAUUGGCUGUGCUAGAAUCGCAGGAGAGCGUGGCGGGGCUUCUCAAGAACAUGUUUGAGGGGGAGAGGAGCGAGGCCUCCAUCGUUAAUGGAACUCAAGUGCUACUUACCUUACUGGAGACCAGGAGGUCUGGGUUGGAAGGGCUGAUGGAUCUGUAUUCUCAGGGUUAUGAAAGGUCUUACACUGUCAACAGCAGUAUUUUAAAUGCCAUUGAGCCCCAUUUAAAGGACUUCCAGCAGCUUCUUCAGGAUCCCCCCAAGAAAAGUGCAAUAUUGACGACCUUUGGCCUUCUAGAUCAGCCACUGGGGAAUGCUCGCCUUCAUGUGGCCCGGCUGGUGGCUGCCCUGCUCCAGACCAAUGCACCCAAUAUCUGCCAGGAGCUCUGUAACCUGGCCACCAUGGACCUGCUACUGGAUCUGUUCUUCAAAUACUCCUGGAAUAACUUUUUGCACUUCCAAGUGGAGCUGUGUGUGGCCUCUAUCCUGAACCAUCCUUCCUCAGAGGAGCGGCCAGGCCUAGGCCUGCAGAACCACGAAGAGAGCGCUACAGCGUCCAGCCCUCAGGCGCAAGAGGAGGACGCGACAACGGAUGGGACGAGCGACCCACAGACCUGCAUCCACGGUGCGCUCGUGGCACAUCUCUUCCAGAAGUGUCGACUGCUUCAAAGGAUCCUUGAUGCCUGGGAGGAGAACGAUAGAAUACAGGCUGAUGGUGGUACCAGGAGAGGCAACAUGGGUCACCUGACUAGAAUAGCCAACAUGGUGGUCCAGAACCUGGAGAAAGGACCAGUACAGACCCAGAUCUCUGACCUCAUCAGAGAGCUGCCAGAAGACUGCAGAGGUCGCUGGGAGAGCUUUGUGGACGAGACCCUGAGAGAAACUAACAGGAGGAAUACCGUAGAACUGGUAAGCACUCACAAUAUGCACUCGUCCAGUGAGGACGAUGACAUGGAGAGCCCCUUCCCCAACGACCUGUCGCUCCAACAGGCUUUCUCAGACUAUCAGAUCCAACAGAUGACUGCCAGCUUUGUGGAUCAGUUUGGCUUCAACGACGAGGAGUUUAGCGAACAUGAUGAAAAUAUCAACGCUACGUUUGACAGAAUCGCCGAAAUAAACUUCAAUCUAGAUGCUGAUGAUAACAGUGCCAACGCAGCUGCAUUUGAAGCCUGCUGCAAAGAGAGGAUACGCCAGUUUGAUGAUGCUGAAGAGGAGGAGGAUAUCUGGGACGAUAAGGAGAUCAACUAUGCAACACAAGCUAAAUCCAGAACAAGGUUCGGGGUCUCUCAAACCUCAGAGGGAAGCUCCAGGAGCAGCAUGGAAAACGGAGGUCGGGAGCGGGACCGUGCAUCUGAAUCGGAUGAGGACGAAGACUCUGAGCAGAACACGUCAGAUUCGGGUCCUGGCUGGACAGCAAAUUUCAGGGAUUCUGGAGAGAGCGCAGCAUCCCAAACCUCCCCCGGGUGGGAGAGCUCAGCAGGGAGCGCGACCGAGACACAGCAGACUGGCUGGGCUAACUUCACUGAGUUCCAGCCUUUCUCUGGUACCAAGACAGAUCCCAGGUGCAGCUCUCCUGUGGAAACGGGCAGCAGUGAUGUGGAUAAACAAGCCAAACAAAACCACGAGAAGAGCGAUGUUAGUACCUCCCCUGGUCCAGCAGGAGAAGGGAGAAAGGCUCCACUCGUGGCCUCAGACAGCAGCUCCUCCGGAGGCUCUGACAGCGAGGAGGAUGACAAAAAUGCUGGUGCUCCUCCCACCUUAGAAACAGCCAGUGCCCCGGGCAACAAGACGGCGGACCUCAAAAGUGAGGAGUGUCCGGUGUCUCUGGAGAAGCUCUCCCUGUCAGAUCCUCCUACAGCUUCAGAGCAGCAGCCUGCUGAGGAUCUACCUGUAAACACGCAGACUGACAGGAAAGAGGAAACGCCACCGCCCCAGGAAGUGUCGGUCAACGGGCCCGUGUGAGCGCGAUGGGCGCCGCAGCCCCUGAGAGACGCAGACUGUCAGCCUCCUCCAGAGUGACUCCCCUAAAUAACCUCACUGCAACUACGGUGUUUUUACUGAAUCACUCUGCCAUGUUAUUGGACCUGGACACUGCCAAUCGACACCAAUAACGAGGCGGCAGGACAUGUAAAAAAACAACCCCCCCCACACAAAACAAGAAAAAGCGAGACGGAGCAGAGUGCAGAGGAAUCUUCUUCAAAGCCUUUUCCUGAUGUUGCACAUGAUCCCGUGCAGUUUUAAUGUAGCAGCGAUCUUUGAAACGACAGAGUCCGAGGGGUAACAUCGUCACCGCUAUUUUUUUAUGUCCUCAAACAUUACUCUCCCACCCUUUGGGAUUUUACAUGGGCACCCCGAAUGGAUAGCACAGGCCAACUCUAAAUGAUGCCUCAACAAUAAAUACGUUGUUUUUCCUUCAAGCUUAAGAAAAAGCACUUAUGCAGCCAUUUACUGUACAUUAUAGCACAAUGAUGUAAGUGUUGUACCUUCAUCUCUGCUGGUUGUCUCCUCUGUCCUCACAUCAAGGUUUUAUCCAGUGUUUGGGGUUUUUUGGUUUUGGUCGCUGUUGAUGAAACAUCCUCACCAUCGUACGUCACCAGGUUUCUGAAUGUUUUGAAGUGCUUCAGGACGCUCUGUUGAAGAGGAGGAGAAGCGGGUCAAUGAACAGAGCUCUAAUAGUAUUACUGUCUUUUGCUCAUGUGCAAUAAUGUCAAUUAGCCAUUUUAUUUAAAAAGAAAAAAUCUGGCAUCAGAGACUCAUUGGGUAGUUUCAGAUUUGGAUAUGAUCUCAAUUUUCUCUUCUUUUACUUUAGUGCAUGUAUAACCGGUUCUCUGUUGACCUAGCUAGUGAGCUAAGACCUUCUGAUUGUAUUGACCUUUACGUUCUUGCUAUCCCCCUUAAAUCAACCAAACUUUAUCUACCUAUAUACAAAUAUUAUCUACAUUUAUAAGUAAUUUUACAAGCAACCUUGAGAUUACUAUUUUUGUCUGUUCCUUUUCUCUCUUUCCACCAAGCACUUACUCACAGGGGGAGAGUGACAUUUGGUAAGAGUGACGCUGUAUGCCCCCCACCCCCCUAUUAUUAUUAUUAUUAUUAAUUUUUUUUAAGGUUAAUUUUAUUUUGUUUCUGAGCAGCAGAAUUGGAGGGAGAGCAGGUCUGAGUUCUGCAGAGCUACAGGCCUCUUUGGUGUACUUAAAUCAUUUGACAGCGAUCAGGUUCUAUGAUUAUUGUUAAAAAAUUCAAAUUAAAAGUGUCUGGCUGACCACAUUAAUACCAAA